AUGAACUUCCAUCCGUUUAUAUUCCUAGCUCUUCAUAUUUUUUGGAGUUGCCGCGCGUGUGCUCCACCUAAGCCCAUUGUGGCAUGGAGCACAACUGGAACAAGAUUUUCGACGUCCACGGCUACUACAGCGACAACGAUCAACUCUGGAACCUCACCGGAGUACUCAAAAAUUUCGACCUUCUCACAAGGAAAUCCUACGUCUUCAGAAUACCCCUGGAGCUCAGCACCAACAAUGCCUUCUGCAGUCUCAGCCAGAAGCGUUGCAGUGGAAACUCUGACUACCGCUGAGUCAACUUCAGGAUUUCCAGUUACAGCUGAUGGGAACUCACAACCAACGAUAUCUCCUGAAGACACAACCAGAAGCGUUCUAGAAGUGACACCGACGUCUAGAUUCUCGCACUCGUCAAGGGCUUCCCUCACAUCUACCGGAGCAUCUGAAAGUUCAGGAACUCCAAGUAGACAAACCUCAGAGUCAACAGCAUCAUCCGUUGACACGUCGGGUGGUGGCUCCACAAAAAACCAAGAAAACUUAUCGACUACUUUAACUUCUGCGGUAUCAGAGCAACCAACAACAUCCCUACAUGGAAAUCCGACAACAUCUGCCUUCCCUGUUACAGUUGAGCCGAAUCUAAGCUCGACAUCUUCAGGGAGCUCACUAUCAACAUUGUAUCCUAGAGACAAAACCACGACUUCCAUUGCAUCUAUCACAUCUAUUGAAGAUUCUGAAACUCCAAGUGAUCAAGCCUCGACAGGACCCACUUCCACAAGUUUUAGCUCAUCUACUGACGACGAUGACAAUGUAAUUACUACUGUAUUUGCUAAUCAGUCCCCACUGACACCUGAAUCCACCCUAACUCCUGCCGUUGAUACAAUCACUUCAUUCUCCGAGUCUGGAGAAUCAUCAACCACAAUUGUGACUUCAAAACCCGCUGGCUCAUUUUCGACAUACACGAAAAACUCAACGCCAGACCCUCCUCUCACCACAGUAAACUACACGAUCCCCCUCUCAACCCUCCUCUCCUCAACUCCCAUCCCACCGUCCACCUGCGACUGCCCCUCCCCCGACAAAUCAAUCGAUACCGGCCUAUCUUUCUUCAACAAACUGAAAACCACUCAACUCUCCACCCCCUGCACCUAUCAGAUUCUAUGCGAUCAGAACCGGACAGGCAACUAUUUAUCGGUUUUUGUACCGCCCGGUUUCUCACCGAAUCCGGAUAAUAUGCAGAUGUUUCGAUUCUACCCAGUAUUCCACUCAACUUCUAUCGAUUAUUUCUCCCAAUUCGGGAUGAUAUGUAUGGGUACCCAAUGGUACGCGACCAGGAUCCCGGGGAUGGUGGACACGAGUCCAGGGGCUAGUCGUCCUAUGGUAAAUGGGACCGCCUGGACUGGAAAAUUCAGAAUUCACGAGAUGAAGUGUCAGGCAUUUUGA